CUUUGGCAAUGGUGAGAUAAGAGCGCGACUCAAUAAAGAAAACCUUCGUUGGUUGGGCCGCAUUAAUCUUCAUCAUUAUAAACGUGUGUGUUAAUUAACAAAAAAACGCCGAGGUCAAUAAGUCGUUCAGAAGAUUGCAACUAAGUGACUUUUGACCUGCCCUCUUUUAUCUUGGCUGAGACUUUUGAACAAAAACAUUCAGUGAUUCUCAAGCAAGAUGCGGGCUCGACUUCUGCUGCUCUUUUCCCUUUCAAUUUUUAGCACAAAUGAAUCUUCAAAAGACGAGGAAUCGUGCCAAUUUUUAACAGACGAGUGCGCAUUAGCUUGGGAGAUAGUGAAAAGUUCAAAUGCAAAACUUACUAGGAUGGACCGAGAAUCGAUUUUAGAGCAAACUGAAAAUCAACUGCUCUUGCAAGAAAUUUUGGAAAGGACGAACAGAGUUGAAAAUAUGCUGGAGUUAGUUCUUGAAAAAAUUGCUCAUGUGGAGGGAAAAAACUCGCCUGCACCGAUGAACUUAGUCCAGGAAGAAAUAUUCAACAGAUAUGACGGAAGCAGCUUCAUGUUGAAAGUGCUGCCGAAUGGAAAAGGUUUCUACGUGAGCAGCUUUAAGACCAACUGGUACGCAGCAAAAGAGCAUUGCGAGAUGAAUGGGACAGUUUUGGCUUCGAUAAAAAAUGGAGAGGAACUUGCUCAGCUGGGCAAUUCCCUUCCGAACAAAUUCAGAAACCAUUACUGGUUGUCCGGCAGCAACAUCGGACAACCGGCUGAGCGAUUUGUGUGGUUGGACGGAAGGCGAGUGGACAAUUCUUGGUGGGACAAAAGGGACGGCGAGCCGGACAGUUAUUUCACAGGCAGGGAAACGUGCGUCCGGCUGCACUGGGCGAAACUGUGGGACACUUAUUGCACCGAUUCCACCUACUUUAUUUGCGAAAAACCCUAACAAAAAUUGAUUUAAAAAAAUUGCAAAAUUCUUUUACGAAAUUGUGGGAAAUUUUAAAGGAUAAAAAUUAAAGGAUAAAAAAAUUAAAUAUAAAAAAUUCCGUAGUAUUUUUACCAGUUUUCUAUUUUUGCAGUGUUUUUAAAUGAAAAUAAUUCAUUGCAGACCUUCAAUUUUAAGUUCACACAACAAAACGUAAAAAUUUAUCAACAAUAUUUCCUUUUUAUUUUAAUUUAUUAAGUUUAACCAUGGAAAAUGCAGAUUUUUCUUUCAAUUGAAGCAAAAAAUAAGAUAAUGUUUGUUUUUCUGAAUUAAAAAUGCACAUUUGUUUUUAAUAUUGGAAUUUUUGCCAAUGAGUCAAUUUAGGGAUAAAUGAUUCAAACAAAAUUAAAAUCGAGACUUCUUGCCCCUGCUUUCAGUUUAAAACAAAAAAUUGAUGUUCAUUAUUCUAAAAAAAAAAAACAUUCACCAAAACAUUUUUUAUUUACAUAAGAGAACACACUAUCAAAUUAUUUUUAUUUUGGUGGGGUCUAUUUUGUACUUGUGUAAAUAUUCAUUAAAUGAAACAGUUCAAUUACAAAUUAAAUUUCAUGCGAACUUUCAUAAAUCUCUAGUUAAUUUCCUUUUAGGAUGCGAGGAUUUGGUAAAAUAGCUGUAAAAAUAAGCCGGGCCGAACACAUUUUACGAAAGUAAUGAAAAAGCGGGGAUUUGUUUCAUUUUCAACAAAAAAUAAAUUAUGUACGCGCGCCCGGCUGAAAUCCAUAUUUUCAGAGCGCAGGGUAAUUUUGUAAACGAGGCUGGCAUCGAUUCGCUCGCUCUCUCACCUGCUCACUCUAAAAAGUGAAGAGAUGGAUUUUUGCGCUAACGAGAAUUUUGCUCGUCAUAAAACGGCGACGCACUUUUUGCACUGUCGUAAAAGAAAACGAAAAGCGUCAAAAGCGCCGAGGGCAGAUUAAUCUGCUGCCUAUAAUAUUAUACGAUGGCAGGCUUUAUUAGUAAUUAUAUAUAUCGGCGGGUGAAACAAAAAGUCGCAAAAAGACAGUCUAAUUUAUUGCAGCCGAGAUCUUCACCUAAAUGAUGCGAAUUUCUUGCGAGGCGAAAUCUGGUCGCGGAGAGGCGGAAAUUCCACCACUUGUGCGUCCGGCUUUGUGAUUUAUUUCGUCUUUUUUCCAACUUUUAUCAUCCUUAAGGAGUUCUCUGGCUUUUUACUCUACCGCCGAGAGGGUUUAAAAAAAUGAAGCGAAAUGUAAAGAAAUUGUGAGUCUAAAUUUUUACUUAUAUUCCAGAAAAAUGAAGCUCCUUUGGAAUUAUUUACAAAAUAAAAAAAAUAAAAUUUAAAUACAUAUUCAAGAAUAAGUCAUAGUUUUUGGUAAAAAUAUAUUUUUUAUUUAUUUAAGCAGAUUAAUUUGACCAAAUUUUCUAGAGGGUUAAUUUUAUUUUUAAAUAAUUUCCAAUAAUAGCAUUUUAAAAUUUUAAUUUUCGCUCCAAAAUUUAUCUUUUCUUUUCAAUUUAAAUGAUAUCAGAAAUUUAUAUAAUUCGUUUCUGUUAAUUUAAUUCCAGUUAUUAUUAUUAUUAUUUUUUUUAAUAAUAUUAUUUUAUUAGAGAUUCCAUUCAAAUUUAAGUUUCAUUCCAAUUCAGUCAGUAGAUCAUAAAUUCAGAAUUUCGUCACCUCUUUUUUACCAACGUUUAUUUUCUAUUCUAUCCUGCCCCAUUAUUUAGAAUAAUAAAAUUCCAGCCGUACUACUUAUGGACUUUGAAUAUCACUUUCCAACACGUCAAAUGCCGUUUUCCGCAAAUGAUUGAUGACCCGCUUCGGUAUAUAAAAAUAAAAACGCAAAUUUAUACUUACAAAUUGACCUCGCAUGAAAAAAUAAAAACAGCAAAUGUAUUUUUCUGCUUACCUGAAACACAAGAAACAAAGUUGGUUAGAAUUUUUUUUUUCAAUUUUCUACUUUAACACUUCACAUCAUUCAAAGGACAUAAAUUUUCUUUGCGAUAUGAAAGCAAACUCUCUCAAUCAACACAAAAGAGUUCACGCUCGACAUUUGCAGUUUCAUAAAAAUCGCACGUGCGCUCACAAUUUCUCUACCGAGUGCAAAAAUAACAUAAAAAAAUGGCAAACGAGGCGAUUUUAUUUGAGCCAAGCCGAGUGGAAAUGAUUUGCGCGCUUUCACAUAUUCUCGCCGCGUUUUUAUUUUUAUAACGUUUCACUCGGGCACACGAGUUAUUUUAAAUAUUUUCCCCUGGGACUUUCAAUAUCAAAAAUAUCAAAUUUCCUGGGGGAAAAAUGCAACAUUUUUGCCAGAUAGAAACCACUAAUGGUAAUAAUUCUCAAGACUAAAGCUCUGCUCUUUGGCGGUGGAGAACAAUGGAAUUAAUGCGCAUAAGCCGAUUUGCAUGAGCGAACAAUUGGCGGAAGCGCGACAGAUACAUAUAAAAUUCAGAGAAAAGCACCAGCGUGGAAAUUUAAAUGUGAGAUUUGGGCUGGAAAGGGAAUGAUUAAAAAAAAAUGGACAGUUCCAUAAAAUACUUGAUUUUGGUAGAAGUAUGGAGUAAAUUUAUUUUCCGAAAGAGCUUCAUGAAGUAGUUUAAACAGAUUUUGAUAAAUAGACUAGAGUAAAAAUCCAUAUUCUGACAUGUAUCUUUUCAAAUUUGAUUGCUAACAAUUUAGAAUAAAACGGACUUCUUUUAUGAAAAAAGACCAGUUUUGUAGAAUUUACUUUCUUCAUUGAUAAUUUAAAUGUUAAUGGGAUUCUUUUACAUAUUUUUUCUUAAUUUAGAUUUUAAAUAUAUUUUCUGAUUGAAAAUGGUUUGGAUUUGAAAAAUCAAGCAUACAUUUUCUUAAUUAGACUUUGGUAUAAAAAAGCUGUUUCAAAUUUUCGAAAUUAAAGCAAAAUCAAAACUUUUUGAAUUAAUUUUACUUGAAAUAUUUAUUUUUACUAUUAAAAAAACGUUCGUUUGCUCAAAUUAAGUUUCUUUAGUAAUUGAUACAAACUUCCCACAUCCGCCCACUCGCAAUGAUUGGAGAUAACAGGCCAGUGUGGGAUGUUGGAGUUGCGGCUUCAGCAAUUCUCCGUCCUUAAAUCCACAUUCGCUGUUUGCUUGUGUUGGAAGUCACGCGUUUUGCGGCCCAAAGUCCUGGUGUGGAAUAAUUAUUUUAUUCCUCUCUUAAUUUGUUUGUUUUGACUGUGGCUGUGUCAUCGGAGAACUUCAUUGUUUUUUUUAUUAUUAUUAUUCAAUUAAUUUUCGGCUUACAAUUAAAUUCAUUUUUUAAGGGCUUUCUUUUUAAUUAUUUUUUUUUAUUUCUGGCAAUUGUUUUGAGUUGAAUUCUUUUAAAUAAAUAUUGCGUUUAUUUUAAAUUUAAAGUAGCUUUAAAUUUACAAAUAAUUAUUAUAAAUUCAAUUGGAAUUAGCUUGUACAAUUCAUGGGAUUCCAAUUCACUUCAAGGGAAUUUAUAAAGGCAUUUUGGAAUUCAACUGCAGAUUCACAGAACUUUCUAGAUGCAUCUAGAAAGUUCUCAAUGUAAAUCAAAUGGGUGGGUGGGUUUUGCGCGACCCUCCCAGGGCUGCUACCCGCGCUAUAAAAGGCGCUCCGUCCGCUGGCUCGAUGCAGAAGGCUGACAGACCUCAGAGAAAUCCGAGGACACCUGGACUUCCAGUGCAGUUUCGGACACCCGUCCGAACCCUUCGCACUCGUCCGAGCCGUCCCAAGGCCCCGACCGCUGUCUUGUCCCGACGCUGUCUCGUCCGAGGACAGCCGGAAGGCCGACCGCGUCCCGAGCCCCUCGAGCGGCACGCCUGUGUCCAUCGUACUGUCCGGGGUGUGGCCGAGCCGUCCGAAGCCGUACGGAGCAGUUUUGCCAGCUCCUUCCUGUCCGAGGAAUCGGGCGCCGACGUGGCACGCCGCCAGCGAGCGCUCGGACGAAGGCGUCCGAACGUCCGCCGCCAGAGACCCGCACGCCGUGGGCCCCGGCCGCGCCGAGAGCCGCCGCCGACCUGCAGGGAGCCGUCCGGGUUCCCAGCAAGGACGUUUCCAGGGCAGCCUGCCGGCCUACCCAGGGAACACCGCUCCCAUUUGUUGAUUUUUAAGUGACACUAUACGGACAAUUUCGAGCCAGUGAAUUUACCCUAUCCAGCCAGAAUUGUUGUGAAUACAAUAAAGCCCGUGUGUAAGCCAA